AUGAGACACCAAUGGCGUCUGCUUCUUUUCCGAGCUCACCACCGCUCUUCGCCUCACGUGUUCGUAAAGUCUUCUUACUCUCAGGUACACUCCCAACCCAAUCUCCAUUCACUUAGCUCCCUCACUUCUCACUUCCACACUCACGCUCUCAACCCAAAGCUUUCACCUUCACACCCCAUUUUCAAUUCCCAUCUCACGAACCCAAUAAACCCUAGAAACCCCUUGUCCCGCAACCUCUCAUCUGAACCAGCACUUGAGCUUAAAGACUCCGAUCACGGGGCCAUAGCUGAGAUUUUCGCUAAACCCAGGGGUGUGGAUGAUAUUAGGAAAGACUUGGAACUGAACAACGUUGUGAUUAGCCAUGAUUUGGUUUUGAGGGUUUUGAAGAGCCUCGAAUCGAACCCCGAUGUUGCGAGGAGGUUUUUUGAUUGGGUUUUGGCAUGUGAAGGUGAGAGAUUGAGCUCCAAGUCGUAUAAUUUUAUGCUGGGUAUUUUUGGUGUUAGUGGGUCUGUGAGUGAAUUCUGGGAUUUGGUUGAUGUUAUGAAGAAAAAAGGGUAUGGUGUAUCGAAAUGGGUGCAGGAUAAAGCUUUAGAAAAAUUUGAGAAGGAUGGGUUGGGUGGUGAUGUUGAGAAGUUGAGAGUGGUGUUUGCAUCAGGGUCUACUGACAAUUCCUCAGAUAAGAUUUGUUCGAGGGUGUGCAAGAUUGUUAGAAAUGAGGUGUGGAGUGAUGAUGUUGAGAGGAAAAUUCUUGAUUUGAAUGUUGCAUUGUCUAGCGAUAUGGUUAAAGUGGUGUUGGAAAAUCUUAGUAUGGAGCCAAUGAAAGCACUGAUAUUUUUCCGGUGGAUGGAGGAGAGUGGGUUUUUGAAGCUUGAUCAACAGACUUAUAAUGCUAUGGCAAGGGUAUUGGGAAGGGAAGAUUGUAAAGACAGGUUUUGGAAAGUUGUUGAUGAAAUGAGAAGCAAUGGGUAUGAACUGGAGUUGGAGACAUAUGUUAAGGUUUUAGGGCGAUUUUGCAAGAGGAAAAUGAUUAAGGAUGCUGUGGACUUGUAUGAGUUUGCACUGACUGGUGCAAAUAAACCUUCGGUGCAUUGUUGUACCUUUCUGCUGAGGAAAAUAGCGGGUGGUAAGCAGCUGGAUAUGAGUCUAUUUUCUAGAGUUGUUAGGGUUUUUACAGAGAAUGGGAAUGUGUUGACAGAUUCAAUGCUAAAUGCAGUCCUUAAGGCUCUGAAUGGUGUUGGUAGACAUGGAGAGUGUAAUAAGGUUUUCAAAGCAAUGGAGGAAGGUGGGCUUGUAGCUAGUGGUAGUUUACAGAGUAAGAUUGCAUUCCGACUUAGUAGCGCUGGCAAAAAGGAGCAAUCAAGUGAAUUUAUUAACAAUAUGGAAGCUUCUGGGCGCAGUUCAGAUUACAAGAUAUGGGCGUCCUUAAUUGAGGGUCAUUGUGUAGCUGGUAAUCUCAACAAUGCUUCCAAUUGUUUCCAAAAGAUGCUUGAAAAAGAGGGGGCCGCCUAUGCUGGUUAUGCUUUUGAAUUAUUGGUAAAUGCAUAUUGCAGAAAGAACAGGGCAACAGAUGCAUACAAGUUACUCCACGAUUCAGUCAAUGAAAGGCAGCUCAAGCCAUGGCAUACGACAUACAAAUUGUUGAUUAGCAAGUUGUUGGUUCAGGGUGGAUUUAAAGAUGCUCUGAAUAUUCUUGGUCUGAUGAAAAAUGAUGGGUUUCCUCCUUUUGUUGAUCCUUUCAUCGAGUAUGUAUCAAAGUCUGGAACAGGUGAUGAUGCUAUAGCUUUUCUGAAGGCGAUGACUUCAAAUAGAUUUCCAUCUACCUCUGUGUUUCUCAGUGUAUUUAAAGCCUAUUUCAAGGCUGGACGGCAUACUGAAGCGCAAAAUUUCCUUUCAAAAUGCCCGGGAUUCAUUCGUAACCAUGCUGAUGUUUUGGAUCUCUUCCUUUGUGCUCAAUCCGGAGAAGGUGCUGCUUCCCCUGCGUCUGCGGUUGCUACCCCUGCAGCAGCUACCCCUGUGGAGGCUGCUUAG